AGUCAUCAACAGUUCACUUAAGUCUUGGGUUCUCAUUUCACCAACGCUGCUCCUCUUUCUUUCAUCAGAGCGUGGCAAUGGCUCUGUCUCUAGUCCACUCCACUCUCUUCUCCAAAACUUCCCAACUCUUUCUCCACACUAAAACUGGAUUCUCUCACUUCUCUUCCUCUAUCCCUUUCUCCUCCUCUGCUCUCCCUUCAAACCCCAAAACUUGGAGACGACCUGUCAUUUCUGUUCUUGAACUUGGUGGUGUCAAGAUUGCCAGAGAUGAUGUGGUGAGGGAUGACCCUACAAAUAAUGUACCGGAUACAAUAUUUUCUAAGCUUGGAUUGCAACUUCAUAGGAGGGAUCAACAUCCACUUGGAAUUUUGAAGAAUACGAUAUAUGACUAUUUUGAUACCAAUUACUCAAAUAAGUUCGACAAGUUUGACGAACUUUGCCCAAUUGUUUCUGUUAAACAGAAUUUUGAUGAUGUCUUGGUUCCAGCUGAUCAUGUAAGCAGGAGCUAUAAUGACACAUACUAUGUUGACUCUCAAACUGUUUUAAGAUGCCAUACAAGUGCACAUCAGGCAGAGCUGUUGAGGAAGGGUCACACUCACUUUCUUGUAACUGGAGAUGUCUAUCGCAGAGAUUCUAUUGAUUCAACUCACUACCCUGUUUUCCAUCAGAUGGAAGGGUUUCGUGUUUUUUCUCCUGAUGAAUGGGAGGCAUCUGGCGUGGAUGGCACAUCUUUUGCAGCUGAGGAUUUAAAGAAAUGUCUUGAGGGUUUGGCAACACAUUUAUUUGGUGCUGUGGAGAUGCGCUGGGUUGAUACAUAUUUUCCUUUCACCAAUCCAUCGUUUGAACUUGAGAUAUAUUUUCAGGAGAAGUGGCUGGAAGUUUUAGGCUGUGGGGUGACAGAGCAAGAAAUUUUAAAGAGGAAUGGAAAACUUAAUAAUGUUGCUUGGGCUUUUGGACUUGGUUUGGAGCGACUUGCAAUGGUUCUGUUUGAUAUCCCUGAUAUCCGGCUUUUCUGGUCAAAUGAUGAGCGAUUUACUUCUCAGUUUUCUAAAGGUCAGCUAGGAAUCAAAUUCAAGCCAUUCUCAAAGUAUCCUCCUUGUUACAAGGACAUGAGUUUUUGGAUCAAUGAAUCAUUUACAGAAAACAAUUUAUGUGAAGUUGUCAGAGGAAUUGCUGGGGAUCUUGUUGAGGAGGUGAGCUUGAUAGACAAUUUUUCAAACAAGAAAGGAAUGACAAGUCACUGCUACAGGAUUGCUUACCGAUCCAUGGAACGUUCACUUACUGAUGAGGAGAUCAAUGAUUUGCAGAUGUCUGUGAGAGAACAGGUGCAAAGCAAGCUAAAUGUCGUGCUAAGAUGAGAGUUUCUUGCGCUACUAACCAAACGAGACAUCUUGAAAGAUGUAUAUUUCUCUGUGAACACAGCAACACUCGAAUUUUUUUCUCUGUAAACUGUAUUACUAUGCGUUCCAAAUUGUUGUUGCAGGAACCUACUCCGCUCACAUGUAAAGCACUUCCUACAUUUGGGUGUAUUUAUAAAUCAUAAAAAAUUGUCAUUUUGUGGUUUAAUAAAUCUAUGUUAGUAUC